AUUGCGUUUGUCAGAAGAAUACCUUCUGCAUCUAUCUGUCAGUAGGUCAAAUCAACAUCUCCUAGUGUCUUAAAUAUUGUGGUCCGGGGAAACAACAUUGACUCUGUUAACACCUUCAAGAUGGGCUAAUCGUCUACAGAAAUAUUACAAUAACUCGUUAAUUACCUUAGAUUGAAGCCUGUUGAAAGCUUUUGCUGCAAUACCAUAGCUGGGGAACUGAUAAUUUAUCUCUAAUCAAUCUAUUGAAUUUACUUUAGAGUGGUUGUUAUCUGAUCUCUGAUUGGUCGAGCUCUGUGUAAUAUGUCUGUUGUCGUUGUGGAGCCGGCCAAUGAGCGGGCGCGUAUGGAUUCGUGCGAGGAAUUGCUGAAUGAAGCGGCCAAUUCGUCAGAGACAGAAUGCGUUGUUGAAGAGUUGGUCCAUGAAGAACGUGGGGGCGAUCGCAUUGGAGAUAUGAGCGCUGAGCCGCCAUCAACACUCGACCCAAAGCCCUUAGUAGAUCACCCGGGGAAAAUAAAUGAUGGAUACAGCUGUUCUGAUGUUAACAAUUCAGAUAUAGAGAUGCGAAACUACAACUUGCGAAUGUUGCAAGACGAAAAUAAACGUGAUGGAAAUGCAACAGAGACCAGCAAACAUUUGCCUCCUGUAAGAGGCCCUCCUCCAAGAUACAAUGCAAAUUUAGGCUCAAAUUCGCGGCUCGGUCGCAACCACGAUAGGAGUAGCACGAUUGCCACUGAAGAGUUGAAUCCGACAGAUAGUGAAUCAGUGCGCGCUAGAAAACAUAACAGGACAUCUACAAUCUCAGACAAAGUGGCUGAUAUCGGUACGGAUUAUUUGCGGGUAAAUGGCGCAAUUAAGCAAUUUAAACAAUUACAAAAACCGGUGGCAGGGGCACCACAAAGUGCACCCGCGUCGCCUAAGACUAGAAUGAGUCAGGCGUCAGACGAUGUAGGACGCGCAUUAGUAAAUGAGAAUGAAAAAUAUUCUGAGGAAAAGGAGGUUGCCGGGACAAUGCCAGAAGGGGGCUCUAAGCCAAGUCAUGUCGGAUAUAGACUCGGCAAAAGAAAGACAUUAUUUGAAAAACGAAAAAGGAUCUCAGAUUAUGCCUUGGUAUUUGGCAUGUUCGGACUUGGGAUUAUGAUUCUAGAAACAGAGUUGUCUAUGGCAGCCGUUUAUGACAAGUAUUCUUGGUACUCCUACGCCUUAAAGUCUCUGAUCUCGCUGUCGACUUUGAUACUCCUAGGGCUCAUAGUAGCCUACCACGCUUUAGAGGUUGAGUUGUUCUCUAUUGAUAAUUGUGUGGAAGACUGGAGAAUUGCGAUGUCUUGGAGACGGAUAUCACAGAUAAGUUUCGAAGUGACGAUAUGUGCUAUACAUCCUGUACCUGGGCCUUUCUUCUUCUUGUGGACCCCAAUAUACGCAGAUGGGGGUGGGGAGCCACAGCCCCUCUGGACUUCCAUUGACCUUCUCCUCUCCCUCCCUAUGUUCUUAAGACUGUACCUCAUCGGAAGAACGAUGUUGUUACACAGUAAACUCUUUACAGACGCCUCAUCAAGGAGUAUAGGGGCGUUGAAUAGGAUUAAUUUUAACACUCGUUUUGUAAUGAAGACACUGAUGACUAUAUGUCCAGGAACAGUGCUAUUAGUAUUUAUGCUAUCAUUGUGGAUUAUCGCAAGCUGGAUCUUACGUGCCUGUGAAAGCAAUCACGAUGUUGACCAUCGUAACUUGCUUAAUUCCAUGUGGAUGAUUGCCAUCACGUUCCUUAGCAUUGGGUACGGAGACAUCGUCCCUAACACGUACUGUGGUAGGGGUGUAGCAGUAUGUACUGGUGUCAUGGGUGUAGGGAGUACAGCAUUGGUGGUGGCAGUUCUCGCUCGGAAGAUUGAACUAUCCCGGGCAGAGAAACAUGUUAAUAAUUUUAUGCUGGAUACACAGCUGUCGAAGAGGUUAAAGAAUGCUGCUGCCAAUGUUUUAAGGGAGACCUGGCUUAUUUACAAAUACACCAAACUGGUGAAACGGGUCAACUCCAGCAAAGUUAGGACUCAUCAAAGAAAGUUCCUCAGUGCGAUUCAUAGUCUGCGGAAAGUAAAAAUGGACCAGAGAAAGCUGAAUGACAAUGCCAACACAUUGGUCGAUAUGGCAAAGCGGUUUUUACACAAUGGCCUGGGUCCCGCUCCAAGUUUAUAUUGUACCAAACCUCACGUGAUCUACAGACAGACCCAGACCAACAUGUAUGAUCUGGUUACGGAUAUGUACGCCAAACAGACAGAAGGUGAUUUAAGGAUUAAUGAAAUAGAGAUGAAGCUGAGACAAAUGCAGACUCAGUUGGAUUCGUUGCCCAACAUUAUAGCCCGAAGAGUGGCCCUUCAAACUCAGCUAAUGCACGUUGACCAGUCCCCGGGUCAACGGGGAGUUCGUCAUUCGAAUUCCCCUCCUAGAAAGUCCACAAUUUCACAACAUAAGGAACUAUCACGUGAAUCAGGACCAGUGUGAAGUGACACCCAUAAAUAGGCGUGUUAUGUACCUGUACCAAACCUUACUACUGUAACUGAAGUUUUGUAAGCCUUGAGGCGGCACUUAAGCCACGCCCAAGAACAAGGUCUUCAGGUUCGAGGAUAUUCUAUAAUACAGUAGUAUCAUCAUAGAUUGCAGCCCGCCUGCCCAACACCCAUCCUGCUACAUGUAGUUGCACACCUGACAUCCUUCUAGCCUACUUAGCAAUGGGGGCAGCGAUAUGAAAAUGCAAAUGGCGCAUCAUUUAGGACAAUGCGUCAUCAGCAGAGAGAGAGGGGUCACAAACUGGUGCCUUACAUCAUACAACAUGCAUGUUGAUUGAAUACACCUGUUAUGAGUCAAAAGAAAGUGAUGAGAC